AUGGAGAAAUCCCGUCCCCGGCUAGGCCCCGAAGAAUGGCAGAAAGCAAGGACCAAUGGGAUUCCCGUCCUGAAGUUUACCGGCCUAAUCAUCAUCUCCAAAUUAGGCCCGUACACCCAAAAUGAGGAAGAUCCAAGUUUCGAGAAGGUCCUGGUCUGUAAAGUUUCGCGGGAAGAACGUAUGAGACUUAGCAAGACUGCAAAGUCUGCGAUUGGGUAUACGUGGUAUGAUGGGAAGCUCAUGGCCUCGUAUAUCAUUGGCGAGCCUGGCUCUGCAUCUGAAGAGUCGGAAAUCCCGAGUAUUAUUGAAUGGGGCAAAUCUCCAUUUGCUCUUUGA